GUCCACACACGCCAUAGCUGCCACAGUGUUUCGUCCUAAAAGACAAAGAAAUGCAGCUGUUAAAUGGAGAAGAUGGAAAGCUAACCGACACCCCCACCCUACUUCCCGCCUCCUCAUAUUCUUCUUCUUCUUGUACCCAUCUUCGUGAGCGUCGCCAGAUCACCUUUCGGAUUUUCCACCGAUUCAUGUUCGAAUUCGUUCGAGAGUAGUUGUUAUAGUCGUCGGAGAAGGCGGAAUUCGAGGCCGUCCGAGCUCGAGCUUCGGAGGAGCUAGAGAGAUCCGGGCAUGGGUUUCGUCAUCCGCGGCGUGGAAAUGAGGGCUUUCUGGUUUCUGGCGUUCUCGAUUUCCCUCUGCGGUGCUCUCAGAAGAGAGGCCAUGGUCACUCAGAAGAAGCUUGAGGUUCGGAAGCACCUGGAUCGGCUCAACAAACCUGCCGUCAAGUCCAUACAGAGCCCAGAUGGUGAUAUCAUUGAUUGUGUUCAUAUACAUCACCAGCCAGCUUUCGAUCAUCCUCAUUUCAAGAACCACACAAUUCAGAUGAGGCCAAGCUACCACCCAGAAGGGCUGUUUAAGGAUGAAAAGCUCUCCACAUUGAAGGAUGGGAAUGAUGAGCCCAACCCAAUUCCUCAUCAGCUUUGGCAUUUGAGUGGGAGGUGCCCAGAAGGGACUAUUCCUAUUAGAAGGACAAGAGAAGAGGACCUUUUGAGAGUCAGCAGCACUUUCAAGAGAUAUGGAAAAAAGAAGCUUAAAAGUGUCCCUAAACCCAGGUCUGCUGAUCCUGAUUUGAUUACCCAGAAUGGACACCAGGUAAUUAAUAAUAUACUUUUCAUGGCUUCCUCAAUCCCUACCCGAACCAUCAUUUCCUAACCUCGCAUUAGUAGUAUAUUGUUUGCUAUAAGCCACACCCGCACAUUUGUGCGCAUGGACAUCUUUAAAAAGCCCCGUACUAAUGGAAUUAGGUAUGCACUUAUAUUCAAUCUUGUUCUUUGGUCUUGUUUGGUUGCAAGCUUUUUGUUGAGAAAUAUGCUCUUUUUUGGCACUCGUGUCGGUGAACAUUAUGUUCUUUUUCGGUAUUUUGGCUGCUAAAAUGCUAAUUGAGGUGUUCCUUAAAAUUAGGACUCAGAAUUAGUAAUAUGUGGAUGAAAAAGCUACUUUCAAAAUGCUUUUACGAUCAUCAUUUUAGAAAAAAGAGUGUUGGUAUUAACAUUACUAUGUUUGGUUCAAGGAAUUUGAAAGAGAAAAAAAAGAGAUGGAAAUCAAUUUUCCUUGUUUGG